UUUUCUUCUGGGACUCGUUGGUCAAGCCCUACAUGCACAGGGCCCGUAUAGUAUCACGUAUCCGCCAGGCCGUGGUGUAUGACAGUCUCCCCGCUGAACUUAAUACACUAAAGAGGGGGUUCGAGGAAGAGAAACUUAGGAGUUUCCUGCGUUCUACCUCUUAUGGAAGUCUUUUAGCUCUCAAUUCGAACCUUGCCUUUGCAACAUCUUACUAUGUCACCGAAACGCUCGAAACAGUUCGCGGUAACGGCGGUGAGGGGCUCAACAAUCCAGAUGGCCCUGGAUGGCCUCCUCCUGAUGCAGGCAACCUAGGUACAAUGUGGAGGUUUGACUCGAGUGGCGACAUGUUGAUAAAACGAAUUUUUCGUGGCUGGCACCGGCAUGAAGAUUUCACGGGUUUCGGUGAUAUUUUCAGAGCUCUUGGAUCCACUUCCGUCGACUCCAUCUCACACUUCAGCUCCUCAUUGUGUGUAGGAAGCGCGCAGAUCCCUGUGGGUGUUGCAGUUGACCUUGCAUCAUGCAGAACAGACAACUGCAAGCAAGGACCAUAUCAGCCAGCAGAUGUCAUUGCUCGGCAGGAAUUGGUAGCGGCAAACCUACCUAUUUUAACGCUGAUGGCAAUAGCAAGUUGCCACGUUGACCCUGAUGGAAAUUUAGCGCAUCGGCCGUUUCCAGAAGCUUUUGUGUUUGGCGUGGCUGUCUUGACCGAAGAGGUGAAGGUCGAAUUGUUGACCCCAUACUUCGAUGAGAAGUCAAAAAACUGGAAGAUAUAUUGCUCUUCUUGUCAUUCCGCUGCCUUUGGUGACAUGACCUUGGCUCGCGCACGACCUCAUUUCGUUCUCGUGAGCUUUCUCAACUUGAUGACUGGGAUCCUGGUACACCAUCAAAAUGUGGCGCGCACGCUGGCCAGACAUGAGUGGGACGAAGAUGUGUUGGAAGUCUUUUCAAGGUCUUCUUUCGUCCACUAGUGCUAAUUACGCAUUGACAUACUCGACGCGAUGUAUCAAAAACGUUGACUUAGACCUUACUGACAACAAUUGGGACGGUUGUGUUGCAUCUGUGCCCUCCACUCUACCCACUCUAUUGUUAUGCAGAUGGUGAAUGAUAGUGUCUUUGACGGAAUAUUCAGGAAUUGGGCCGGCUGUUGGCGGGCAGUCGGCGAUGGGCG